GUAACAAUGUAACUUACAUGCAGUCACACACCCCUUUUGCUUGUAACAAUGUGUACGUUUUUAAGGAGGGAGGGGGCGCGCGGAGGGAGAAAGCGAGACGGAGAGAGAUAGAGAAAGGAGGAGGGGGGUGCGUUCUGAAAUAAUAUAGUCAGCCAUUUUUUAUGUAAGGGGAUUUUUUUUUUCUUAUUGGGGGGGUUGUUAAAAAAUAAAUAUAAGAGGGCGGCCAUCUUUGUUGCUCUGCCUAGUGUAAAAUAUGCCAAAACGCCCCCCACUUUUUUCUGUGCCGAUUUGAAUAUUAAAUAAAUAUCAUAUAUUCGGGCGAAGAAUCCGCUUCUUCUUCUCCUUCUUUUUUUUUUGGAACACAAGGACGGAUCCAAUGACAGGGAUAUAAUGUCCUCUCCUCUCCGGUCCUGUGAGGAAGACGAGGGCAUGGUGGUUAAUUCCGAGGGAGGAGAUUUUGAUGAAGAAGACGACGACGGAGACCUAGACGAGAACGCAAGCGACAUAAACUCGCCGGCGGCGCCUCGGGAAACUGCAACGGCAGCCGCGCCAGAGGAAGAGGCGGACAUAUCAGACAGAGAGGUCCCGUGCAGGAAGAAAGGCCGGCCGAAGAAGAAGAAGGAUGCGAAGAAGAAGGAUAAAGAGGGGAAACCCGCAAAAGCCAAGAAACGCAAGAAGAUCGACAGUGACGUAGAGAGGGACUCCGACAGGGAAAGAGACUACGGGGAGAACUCGGACAGCAUAGCCAGCGAUUAUGGCUCCGGCGAGAAGAAGAAAAAGAAGAAACAUAAAGAAAGGAAGGAGAAGAAAACCAAGAGGAAGAAAAAAGACGACGGGGACCGAGACAGCAGCCAGGAGGAAACGACGAAGCAACCCAUAGAGCAGAAGACCUCGGCGCAGCUGGCGAAGGAGUGGGGUCUGGAGGAUGUUGAUCAUACCUUCACAGAGGAGGACUACAGGGAGCUCACCAACUACAAAGCGUUCAGCCAGUUUAUGAGGCCAAUGAUUGCCAAGAAGAACCCUAAGAUCCCAAUGUCAAAGAUGAUGACCAUCCUCGGGGCCAAGUGGAGGGAGUUCAGCUCUAACAACCCCUUCAAAGGCAACGCCGCUGCCGUCGCGGCGGCCGCCGCUGCCGCCGCCAUCGCUGUUGCCGAGCAGGUCUCUGCAGCGACCGCCUCGCCCGAGCCCCCGCUCCAGCCGCCGCCGAUCAGAAAGGCCAAGACGAAAGAGGGCAAAGGUCCAGGCUAUAAGAAGCGCAGUAAAAGUCCUCGAGUUCCAGACAAAAAGAAGGCUCUAGCCAAGGCUAAAAAGAUGGCGCCCAUUCGUAUUAAGCUAUCGCCUAUAGGCGCUAAGAGGAAGAAGAGCUGCUCGAGCGAGGACAUGGACGAGGACGAGUCGGAGCAGGAGGACUCCAGCGUUCACAGCUCCUCGGUUCGCUCUGACAGCUCUGGCAGGGUGAAGAAGAACAAGCGAGGACGGCCUGCCAAGAAGAAGAAGAAAAUCCCAGGCGAGGAGGAAGGGGACGGCUACGAGACGGACCACCAGGACUACUGCGAGGUCUGCCAGCAGGGCGGGGAGAUCAUCCUGUGCGACACCUGCCCCCGGGCGUACCACCUCGUCUGCCUCGAGCCCGAGCUGGACAAGGCCCCCGAGGGCAAGUGGAGCUGCCCCCACUGCGAAAAAGAAGGAAUCCAGUGGGAAGCAAAAGACGAGGACUUUGAGGAUUUCGAGGAGGACAGCGAGGACCGGGUGAUAUCCGAGGUGAGUGUGGGCAUCUCCACCGGGGCGGAGGAGGAGGAGGACGACCACAUGGAGUUCUGCCGGGUGUGCAAAGACGGCGGCGAACUGCUGUGCUGCGACACCUGCACCUCCUCCUACCACAUCCACUGUCUGAACCCGCCGCUGCCCGAGAUCCCCAACGGAGAGUGGCUGUGUCCGAGAUGCAAGUGUCCGCCAAUCAAAGGACGCGUCCAGAAGAUCCUCCACUGGCGAUGGGGGGAGCCUCCCACUCCCAUUCCCGUCCCUCCGGCUCCUGACGCUCCACCCGACGCUCCGCCGCCUCCGCCCAUGAAAGGCAGAGCCGAGAGGGAGUUCUUCGUCAAGCUGACGGGCCAGUCCUACUGGCACUGCACCUGGAUCACCGAGCUGCAGCUGGAGAUCUUCCACUCGGUGAUGUACAGGAACUACCAGAGGAAGACGGACAUGGACGAGCCUCCCAGCCUGGACUACGGGUCGGGCGGCGAGGACGAGAACGGCGUGGGGAAGAGUGAGAAGAGGAGGGCCAAAGACCCGCAGUAUGCCAUCCUGGAGGACAAGUACUACAAAUAUGGCAUCAAGCCUGAGUGGAUGAUGAUCCACCGCAUCAUCAACCACAGUGUGGAUAAGAAGGGGACGUAUCAUUACCUGGUCAAGUGGAGAGACCUCACCUACGACCAGUGUACCUGGGAGAGGGACGACCUGGAUAUCCCCGACUUUGCAAUUUAUAAGGCCAGUUACUGGAGACACAGGGACAGCAUCAUGAAGGAGGACCCAGACAAACCCAAGAAGAUGAGGAGCAAGAACUCGGAGGGUGAAGAUGAGUCUCCUGCCUCACCCGUCACUGAUCCGACAAUAAAAUACGAGGAGCAGCCAGACUUUGUCACGUCGACGGGUGGCACGCUGCAUCUGUACCAGCUCGAGGGCCUCAACUGGCUUCGCUUUUCCUGGGCUCAGGGCACUGACACUAUCCUGGCAGACGAGAUGGGCCUGGGCAAGACCAUCCAAACCAUUGUCUUCCUCUAUUCGCUCUUUAAAGAGGGUCACACUAAAGGUCCGUUCCUGGUCAGCGCUCCGCUCUCCACCAUCAUCAACUGGGAGCGGGAGUUUGAGAUGUGGGCGCCCGACUUCUACGUGGUGACGUACACGGGGGACAAGGACAGCCGAGCCAUCAUCCGGGAGAACGAGUUCUCUUUCGACGACACGGCCGUUAAAGGUGGAAAGAAGACCUUCAAACUGAGGCGAGAGGCUCCCAUUAAAUUCCACGUGCUGCUGACCUCCUAUGAGUUGGUGACCAUUGAUCAGACGGCGCUGAAGUCUAUCGACUGGGCCUGUCUGGUGGUGGAUGAGGCCCACCGCCUUAAGAACAACCAGUCUAAGUUUUUCAGACGUCUGAAUGACUAUAAGAUCGACCACAAGCUCCUGCUGACAGGAACUCCUCUACAGAACAACCUGGAGGAGCUGUUUCACCUGCUCAACUUCCUCACGCCCAAUCGCUUCAAUAACCUUGAGGGCUUUCUGGAAGAGUUUGCCGACAUCUCCAAGGAGGACCAGAUCAAGAAGCUCCACGACCUGCUGGGGCCUCACAUGCUUCGGAGGCUGAAGGCCGACGUCUUCAAGAACAUGCCCGCCAAGACUGAGCUGAUCGUCAGAGUGGAGCUGAGUCCUAUGCAGAAGAAAUACUACAAGCUGAUUCUGACCAAGAACUUCGAGGCUUUGAACUCAAAAGGUGGAGGAAAUCAGGUCUCCCUGCUCAACAUUAUGAUGGAUUUAAAGAAGUGCUGCAACCACCCCUACCUCUUCCCCGUCGCCUCCAUGGAAGCUCAGAAAACCCCCAGCGGUGCUUACGAGGGCUCCGCCCUCACUAAGGCCUCUGGGAAAUUGACGCUGUUGCAAAAGAUGCUGAGGAAACUGAAAGAUCAAGGGCACCGAGUGCUGGUCUUCUCACAGAUGACUAAAAUGCUGGAUUUACUAGAAGAUUUUCUGGACUAUGAAGGUUACAAAUAUGAGAGAAUCGACGGAGGCAUCACGGGAGCACUGAGACAAGAGGCCAUCGACCGCUUCAACGCUCCUGGUGCUUGCCAGUUUUGUUUCUUGCUCUCCACCAGAGCAGGAGGUUUAGGCAUCAACUUGGCCACAGCGGACACCGUCAUCAUUUUCGACUCUGACUGGAACCCCCACAAUGACAUUCAGGCGUUCAGUCGAGCUCACCGUAUCGGCCAGGCCAAUAAGGUUAUGAUCUACCGCUUCGUGACGCGAGCCAGCGUGGAGGAGCGCAUCACCCAGGUGGCCAAGAGGAAGAUGAUGCUGACUCACCUGGUGGUGCGGCCAGGUCUGGGAUCCAAGGCCGGCUCCAUGACCAAGCAGGAGCUGGAUGACAUCCUCAAGUUUGGAACAGAGGAGCUCUUCAAGGACGAGGGCGAAGGUAUGAAGAACAGUUCGGGGGAUAAAGUUGAGGACGAGGGCAACGUCAUCCACUACGACAGCACCGCCAUCGAGAGGCUGCUGGACCGAAGCCAGGACGCCACCGACGACUCGGACGUCCAGAACAUGAACGAGUACCUCAGCUCCUUCAAGGUGGCCCAGUACAUGGUCCGAGAGGAGGACAAGAUCGAGGAGAUCGAGCGGGAGAUCAUCAAACAGGAGGAGAACGUGGACCCGGAUUAUUGGGAGAAACUGUUGCGGCAUCACUACGAGCAGCAGCAAGAGGAUCUGGCAAGCAAACUGGGGAAAGGCAAGAGGAACCGCAAGCCUGUCAACUACAACGACGCCGCACAGGAAGACCAAGAGUGGCAUGCUGACAUUUCAGAUAACCAGUCCGAGUAUUCGGUGGGAUCCGAGGAGGAGGACGAGGACUUUGAUGAUCGGCCAGAAGGCCGAAGGCAGUCGCGUCGCCAGCUGAGGAACGAGAAGGAUAAACCUCUGCCUCCUCUUCUGGCCAGAGUGGGAGGCAACCUUGAGGUGCUGGGCUUUAACACACGCCAGCGCAAAGCCUUCCUGAACGCAGUGAUGCGAUGGGGGAUGCCGUCCCAGGACGCGUUCUCCUCUCAGUGGCUCGUUAGAGACCUCAGGGGAAAGACCGAGAAAGAAUUCAAAGCUUACGUGUCCCUCUUCAUGCGCCACCUGUGCGAGCCGGUCGCCGACGGGGCCGAGACGUUCGCCGACGGCGUCCCCAGGGAGGGCCUGUGCCGCCAGCCGGUCCUCACCCGCAUCGGCGUGAUGUCGCUCGUCAAGAAGAAGAUCCAGGAGUUUGAGCACAUCAACGGGCGGUGGAGCCUUCCAGAGCUGAAGCCCGAGGUCAGCGUAGACAAAUCCUCGUCCAGGGCCUCCUCUCCCGCCGUGAAGACGGCCACGCCCACCCCCGACGCCAGCUAUAACAACACCCCGUGCACCUCCAAGCCAGCGACCCCGGCUCCGGCGGAGAAGCUGGAAAAGAACGGGAAGGAGGGAGAGAAGGAGGAGGACAAGGAGGAAGUUGAGGCCCCACUGGAGAAGGAGAGAGACAAGGAGAAGGAGGAAGGGAAAGAGGUGGAUGGCGGCAAGACUGGAGACCCUGAAGAGCUUUCCUCCUCGACAAAAGAGACGUCACAAAGCGCAUCCCCCGGUCAAAGGAGCGAAGGCAAAGAAGACGGCGACCUGAAAGAGGGCGAGAAGAAAGAAGCGAGCGACGCUCCGGCCGCCGCAGCCGAAGAGACGAAGGCGCAGGAGGAGAGUAAAGAGGAGGCGAAGCAGCCGUCUAAGCAAGAAGAGGUCAAGGAAGAGAGAUCAGAAGGAGAGAAGGCUGGGGGGGAGAAGGAGGAAGCCUCCGCGGCAACAGAAGCGACGGAUGCCAAGGAAAAGACAGAGGUGACUGAUGUGAAAAAAGAGGAGGUCAAAGGUGAAAAGGAUGCUGGGAAAGAGGUCAAAGCCGCGAAGGAGGAGGCGCCCAAGGGUAACGGAAAGCCUCCGACUGAGCGACCUCGUUUCAUGUUCAACAUCGCGGAUGGAGGCUUCACCGAGCUGCACACUCUCUGGCAGAACGAGGAGCGGGCUGCCAUCUCCUCCGGGAAGAUGAACGAGAUCUGGCACCGCCGACACGACUUCUGGCUGCUGGCGGGAAUCGUGAUACAUGGCUACGCUCGGUGGCAGGACAUCCAGAACGACCCUCAGUUCGCCAUCGUCAACGAGCCUUUCAAGUCGCAGGCGAAUAAAGGCAACUUCCUGGAGAUGAAGAACAAGUUCUUGGCUCGACGCUUCAAGCUGUUGGAGCAGGCGCUGGUGAUCGAGGAGCAGUUGCGGCGGGCUGCUUACCUAAACAUGACCCAGGACCCGAGCCACCCGGCCAUGGCGCUCAACGCGCGCUUUGCGGAGGUGGAGUGCCUGGCGGAGUCGCACCAGCACCUCAGCAAGGAGUCGCUGGCGGGCAACAAGCCGGCCAACGCUGUCCUGCACAAAGUGUUGAACCAGUUGGAGGAGCUGCUGAGCGACAUGAAGGCGGACGUGACUCGGCUACCGGCCACGCUGUCCAGGGUCCCGCCCAUCGCCGCCCGCCUGCAAAUGUCCGAGAGGAGCAUCCUCAGCCGACUGGCCAGCAAGGGCACCGAGACGCACACCCCCCCGCCCAUACCUCCGGGACCCUACGCCACACCGCAGAACUACGGAGCCCCCUUCACCCCGGCCCCCCCGAGCGCCCUGCACAUGGGAGGGGCCAACUACAGUCAGAUGCCGCCCGGAUCCUUCAUAUCAGAAGCCGCCGCCGCCGCUGGGGCCACCGGGGGAGCCGCUGGUGGUGGAGGCGCCGGAGGGCCAGCUGCUGCCGGCGUCUGCCAGAAGACCAAGGAGCACGAUGUGGUGCAGCGGCAGCGGGUGGUGGACCUCUGGAAGGACGGCAAGUCCGAGGGGGCCAUCGGGCUGGAGCUGAGGAUGCCCAAGUCCACGGUGCACAGCAUCAUCGUCAAAUACCGCCUCAGCAACACGGUGGAGAACCUGCCUCGCAAUGGGCGACCGAAGAAACCCUGAGGAGGGACGGGAGGAGGGGAGUGGGUGUGGGGGGGACCUAUGAGAGGCAAGAAGAACAAUUAAAUCCUGGAAUCCUGGACAGAAAGAGCGGCGGAGUCUAAAUAAAGAGACCUGAAUACACGAGAAGGAAUUCCAAAAAGGACCCAGCGAGAAGCACUCUGACACUGCUGGAAUGUGAGGAACACAAAGGGAGAAGAAAAACUCGCUGGACGGAUCGAAUGUGAACGGGAGGACUUUAAAAGCAGCGGCAGCACUUUGAUCCGCGAAGAAGAAUAAGCAGCCAACCGUAGGAAGAGAGGGUCCAAAAUAAAAAAAGGCCGAGGUGAAAGUCUGGCCCUGAGAUCAGGCUGCGGAGGACGCCCGGGGGGGACAAAUGUUUCAGCAAAGACACAAAGCACUGCCUGAAAAUCUGACUGCGAAGGUCUGGGACGGAGGAAAUAAGACAUCAUGUUAAUGCAAUCAAAGGUUUUCAGGAAUUCAGACGUGAAGGCUGAAUCAAAGCUAAACGCAACAAAGGAGUUGUUUUUUUUUUUUCAUUUUUUAUUCCUCCUUUAAGCAUUCGAUUUCUCGAAGCUUCUCUUUCUGUUUCUCCCUCUGAGCCGAAAAAGAUUUCCCCCCGGAUCAAUCCCUCAUCCGUCGGCUGACUGAACAAGCCUGUCCCCUCGCUCUGACCCUGUACUCCCUCAUUCCUCCACAGCCCUCCACUCCUCCGUCUCGAUUUCUCAGUCGCUCGCUCGCGCGCGCGCGCGCACACCGAGGACCUCACACACAACCUGAAAACCUACGAAAGGCUCGAUUUAUUUGCAGAGCUGCAGGCUAGCGAAAUCCCGACUUAAAAUAGAGAUGGACGAACUCGACGGGGAUUAUCUUGCGAAACAGAAAAAAAAACAAAAAAAAGGAGGGUGGAAAAAAGAAGAAAAGAAGUUUUCUAAGUUUAAAACACUUCUUCCCAUGGACCGUCUUGCCCUGGCAUUCCUAAGUCCAACCAAGCAUAGUAGCAAGAACCAUAGAUAUAAAAAAAAACUCAAACUCUGCCUUUCUCCAACAGUUUGAAGCAAAAUGAAUUAUUAUAACUUAAUCAGAUGGACUGCCAUUGAGAUAUGUACUGUAUUACAAAGCGUAUUUACUGUUGCACCUUUUUUUUUUUUGGGCGAGGGGGUCACUUCAAGGGAAAUAUCACUCCGACAAACUAUUGACAUUUCCUGUUUUUAAGCCUCGUCACGGCAAACGCUGCUAUUUACGAGCGGCUCUUGCCCGAAGAUGAAAACCGUAAUCCGUCACGGGCAGAGCCACUUUGAACCCCGGAGAGACGUCGCUGUUCUUCGAGCUUCUUUAUUGUGACAGCGUGAUGGAUUCCACGCUGGAAAAUGUCCCCUGAUCCCUGAGAAAAUAAAACACUCUGGACUGUGUCAUCGCUUUUCCAGCUCGCUGUGUGUGCGUGCGUGUGUGUGUGUGUGUGUGUGUGUGUGUGUGCGUGUGUGUGUGCGCGGCGGAGCUGUACAUCAGUGUGACAUCCCCGAGCAGAGAGGCAGGAUGAACCCUUCUGCUUCGCUUCUGGAAGGAAGAAAAGUGAAUUAUCGGUUGCACGGUCCAGACUCUUCUGGGGUGCCUGAGUAUUUUUAAGCUGAAACCGAGUGGUAUUUCCCUUUAAGUUGAAGUGACAUCGAGACCAGAGAAGUGUUACAGUGGCGCGGCCUGCAAUGAGAAUAUACUGUGUGUGUGUGUGUGUGUGUGUGUGUGUGUGUGUGUGUGUGUGUGUGUGUGUGUAGGUUAAGGGAUGCUGAAUGCGUGUAAAUGUGUGUUUUUGUGUGUUCAAAGUUCAGUACAGGUGCCAGUAUGAUAUCUGAGACCAUCUACCGACUCCAAAACUAUCCUUUUUUUUUGAUAACUUGCUUUGACGAAUAUAAAAAUGUUUUUUUUUUGUUAUUUUUUACAAACCGUUUUUUAUUCUAUUUAACAAAAUAAGCUAAACACACAUGCCUCAGUGGAAUAUUAUCCUAAAAAUAAAACAUUUUACCUAAAGAAAUUAGCCGAACGUAAAGCUGCAUUUAUGAUGUUUUUUUAUAUUAACGGAAUGACUGUGUGUAGUGUGAAAUGUGUCGCUUUUGGCGACAAACCUCCAGAAAACGAUCCUCCGACCCUUUUGUGUGUUCAUUUUUUAACUCAAGGAACAUUUCAGCGUCUUUACAGCCUCCAGCUUUAAUUUCAUCAUCGAGCCUCGUCGCACUUGCUUCCAGCGACAGGCGGCUGUCUUCAGUGACGACAAACCCGGCGUACAUCGCUAAACAAACCUGGACGCUUGCCGGGGAACGAGGUGGAGCACCAAAACGGAGCAAAAAGGAAAGACUAACACGGUCACGCCCACUGUGAGGCAAGACAAACAACUGUCAUCUGCUGGAUGUGUCAACAAGCACCUCGAGACAAGAUUAAUGACACACGGUGAGAAAUCGUUCACGUUUUGUUGCCACCAAGAAGUGCUCAUUAAAUCUCUUCAUGCCAUGUUAAGGCCUCAGUCAAUUAAGGUGUCUUCACUCACAUUUCAAGUGUUAUUCAGAGGCAUCCGAGUGUGAUAGCCAGCCUCACAUGUGGAUACAAAGGAGAAUAGACGCGCAUAUAAAUCAUUUCACGCCGAAAUCCUCCACUGAUGAUUUCAACUGAUACGUUUCCGGCUUUGUGGCUGUGCGGAUGCCGAAACGCCCGCGACUUGCGGAUUCGGGAAAAUCUUUUCUCGGGCUCUUGAAUUCUAUGAAAAAAGAAAAAACAAAAAACAAACAAAA